CGGUCCAAAGAACUGGAGCUGACAGAGAGGCGCGCCGGGGCGAUGUGGAGCGCGGGUCUCCGCCGAGCUUUCGGACCGGUGCUCCUGGGCCUGCUGCUGGCAUUUCUGGUGCGGGGCAGUACUGCCAAGACCAGCGCGGGGCCCGUGACCUGCGGGUCUGUGCUGAAGCUGUUCAACACGCAGCACCGGGUGCGGCUUCACUCACAUGACAUCAAAUACGGAUCCGGCAGCCGCCAGCAGUCGGUGACCGGCGUGGACGCGUCCGACGACGCCAAUAGCUACUGGCGGAUCCGUGGCGGCGCGGAGGGCGGGUGCCCCCGCGGGUCCCCGGUGCGCUGCGGCCAGGCGGUGCGGCUGACACACGUGCUCACCGGCAAGAACCUGCACACGCACCACUUCCCGUCGCCGCUGUCCAACCACCAGGAGGUGAGCGCUUUUGGGGAAAACGGCGAGGGCGACGACCUGGACCUAUGGACAGUUCGCUGCUCGGGGCAGCACUGGGAGCGGGAGGCCUCCGUGCGCUUCCAGCAUGUGGGCACCUCUGUUUUCCUGUCAGUCACCGGGGAGCAGUAUGGGAACCCCAUCCAUGGGCAACAUGAGGUGCACGGCAUGCCCAGCGCCAACACACACAAUACGUGGAAGGCCAUGGAAGGCAUCUUCAUCAAGCCCAGCGCAGAGCCCUCAGCAAGUCACGAUGAACUUUGAGUGAGGGACAUGGGCAGGGCAGGAUGGCCACAGAGACACUCCUAGUGUAGACUGUGGGUUUGUAGUUCUCAAGUGCCUUUGCAAUUAAAGAAUGUUGACCUGU